AUGAGCCGGACCACCUUCUUUGAGAAACAUUUAAAGAAAGGUAUCACCCGGUGUUUCUGUCUCCUUCAGGUGAAGAUCCUGGAUGCAAAGACCAAAGAGCAACUCUGUUUUUUAGAUAAGGUGGAGCCGUACUCAACGACAGGAGACAUCAAGAUCCUUUUUCAUAAAUUAUAUCCUCAGUGGUAUCCAGCACGACAGGCACUAAAGCUUGAUCCCAAGGAAAAAUCCCUCAGAGAUGAUGAAGUCUUACAGAACCUUCCUGUCGGGACGUCUGCUACCUUUUACUUCAGAGAUCUCGGCCCACAGUUUGGCUGGACGAUGGUGUUUCUUGCAGAGUGCGUCGGAGCCCUUCUCACUUACCUCCUCUUCUAUUUCCGAGUGCCGUAUAUUUACUCACACAGAUUCGUCUCGACCUCCAGCCCUCAUCCUGUUGUGACGCUCGCCUGUGCCUGUCAUUCCUUCCACUACGGGAAGAGGUUGAUAGAGACGAUCUUCGUGCAUCGUUUCUCCCACGGGACCAUGCCUCUCAGAACCAUAAUCAGGAAUUGUGCCUAUUACUGGGGUUUCUCAGCUUGGUUGGCCUACUACAUCAACCAUCCACUUUACACACCUCCGUCAUACGGAGAUCUCCAGGUCCACUAUGCGUUAGUCUUAUUUGCGAUGUGUGAAAUUGGAAACUUCUCCAUUCACUUGACUCUUAAUAAUCUGAAAGGGGACGGGUCCAGAGGCCGAAGAUUUCCUGUGCCAACAAAGAACCCGUUCACGUGGCUGUUUUACUUUGUGUCCUGUCCAAACUACACAUACGAGGUUGGAUCCUGGGUGAGCUUUUCCAUCAUGACCCAGUGUCUUCCAGUGGCCUUGUACACAUCACUGGGCUUCCUUCAGAUGACCAUCUGGGCCAAAGGGAAGCACAGAGCCUACAGCCGAGAGUUCAAGGACUAUCCCGCCAACCGCACCGCCAUUAUCCCCCUCGUUCUCUAA